AUGCCUGUGAACGAUUCAAAAUACAUCAAAGAAGUGUGGGCGGAGAAUUUAGAAGAGGAGAUGGCCUAUCUUCGCGAUUUAGUGGAAGAAUACCCCUACCUGGCCAUGGAUACGGAAUUCCCUGGCGUUGUGGCUAGACCCAUUGGCACUUUUCGAACUUCCUCCGAUUACCACUACCAAACCCUACGAUGCAACGUGGAUCUGUUAAAAAUUAUACAGCUCGGCGUCACAUUUGCAGAUCAACACGGCAAUCUACCUUCCAACGUGUGCACUUGGCAAUUCAACUUCAAAUUUAACCUUGCAGACGAUAUGUACGCACAGGAUUCUAUCGAACUGCUGACCAAGUCGGGUAUCGACUUUAAGAAACACGAAGAAUACGGCAUCGACGUUGAACACUUUGGAGAGCUAUUAAUCAGCUCUGGAUUUGUACUACUGGAUGACGUGAAGUGGAUUUCAUUUCACAGUGGAUACGACUUUGGAUAUUUAUUAAAAGUAUUAACGUGUUCAGCCAUGCCCGCCGACGAGUCCGAGUUCUUUGAUCUUCUCCGCACGUACUUUCCAUGCAUCUAUGAUAUCAAAUAUUUAAUGAAGAGUUGUAAGAACUUAAAGGGAGGAUUACAGGAUAUCGCAGAUGAUUUGCAGGUUGCAAGGAUUGGGCCACAACAUCAAGCAGGCAGUGACAGUUUACUGACAUGCACAACAUUUUUCAAAAUGCGACAAAUGUUUUUUGAAGAUCGAAUUGAUGACCAGAAAUAUCUCGGUUAUUUAUACGGUCUUCGAUGCAGUCCUAAUACAACACAAUCCCUCGCACACAACACCUUAUCACUGAACACACUGACAGAAGACGAAGUCAAUGGCAAAGGCGCGCCAAAUAAUGAAUCAAACGCAAAAGCAGUCAACGCAGCAUCAUGA